AUGUUGGCUGAAUUACCAUUUCGUCUUUAUUUUCUCUCUCAAAAUCGAGUUCCUUUGUUCUAUCCAAUAUUUUGUCUUAUAUGGACAUGGUAUGACAAUAUACUAACUGCAGCUGAUCUCUUUAUUAUGGCAUUCACAUCUAUUGAAAGAUAUCUUCUUGUAUUUCAUCAUGUUUUUCAUCGUCGUUACAAACGUUUACUCUAUCGAAUACCCAUACCUACAUGUAUUUUAUUUACAACUAUUUGGUAUACAGUUUUGACUUUUGGUUAUCCAUGCAAAAAUUCAUUUGGAUAUUGUAAUUUUC